UUUUUGGUGCGCGUGCGCAUUCGUUGAUCUUUCUGAGCGCGGCGACAACAUGGCUGAUGUGACAGCGGUGGAGGGAGAGAAACUCAGCAAAAAGUUUGUCUGCUGGUAGCUCAGCAUGCUGUGCCUGGUCAGAGCAGCCAGGCAGCAGCUGUGCCACCCCUUUGGAGUCAGGGGACAGUGGUUAAAAUGUGCUUCCCCGUUUACAGCCACUAUCCCAGUUCAAAAUUACGGGAACCGUUGGACAGGUGACAAAAGUGAGCUGAAGAGACGAAUGAAAGCUGAUAAGAAGGCAGCAGAGAAAGAUGCCAAGGUCAAAGAGCAGGUGGAACAAAAGAAGGAAUCCAACGACCAGGGAGCACAAAAUAUCAGUGCAUUGGAUGAGGAGACUCUUGACCCAAAUCAAUACUUCAAGAUCCGCUCCCAGGCCAUCAGUGACCUGAAGAGCACAGCGGAGGACCCAUACCCACACAAGUAUAAUGUAGACCUGUCACUCACGGAGUUCAUUGAGAAAUACAAUCAUCUACAGCCUGGAGACCAACUGGCUGAUGUGGUCCUCAAUGUCUCGGGUCGUGUCCACGCCAAGAGGGAGUCUGGUGCCAAGCUGCUGUUCUACGACCUGCGAGGUGAAGGCGUCAAGUUGCAAGUUAUGGCGAACUCAAGGAACUACAAGUCUGAGGACGCUUUUGUGGCUAUUAACAACAAACUGCGCCGAGGGGAUAUCAUAGGUGUGCGUGGUAACCCAGGGAAGACCAAAAAGGGGGAGUUGAGCAUCAUUCCCAUCGAGAUGACACUGCUGUCACCAUGUUUGCACAUGUUGCCCCAUCUCCACUUUGGCCUCAAGGACAAGGAAACACGAUUCCGCCAGCGCUACUUGGAUCUGAUUCUCAAUGACUAUGUGAGGCAGAAGUUUGUGACUCGCUCCAAAAUCAUCACAUACCUGCGCAACUUCCUUGACCAGCUGGGAUUUUUGGAGAUUGAAACACCAAUGAUGAACAUAAUUCCUGGGGGAGCAGUGGCUCGUCCAUUUGUUACUUACCACAAUGAGCUGGAUAUGAACCUAUACAUGAGGAUCGCACCUGAACUCUACCACAAGAUGCUAGUGGUUGGUGGGAUGGACAGAGUGUAUGAGAUUGGCCGUCAAUUCAGGAAUGAAGGCAUUGAUCUCACUCAUAAUCCAGAGUUCACCACCUGUGAAUUCUACAUGGCAUAUGCAGAUUACCAUGACUUGAUGGAAAUCACAGAGAAACUGCUCUCAGGAAUGGUGAAGCACAUCACUGGAGGAUACAAGGUGACCUAUCACCCUGAUGGUCCGGAGGGUCAAGCCCAUGAGAUAGACUUCACUCCGCCAUUCAGAAGAGUGAGCAUGACCCACGACCUGGAGAAGAUUAUGGGAGUAAAAUUCCCUCCUUCUGACAGCUACGACUCUGCUGAGACCCGUAAAUUCUUCGAUGACCUGUGUGCACAGAAAGGAGUGGAAUGUCCUCCUCCUAGAACCACUGCCCGUCUCCUUGACAAGUUGGUUGGAGAUUACCUUGAGGUCACCUGCAUCAACCCCACAUUCAUCUGUGAUCACCCUCAAAUCAUGAGUCCUUUAGCAAAAUGGCACAGAUCAGAGAAAGGCCUAACAGAGCGUUUUGAGCUCUUUGUGAUGAAGAAGGAAGUCUGCAAUGCCUACACUGAGUUGAAUGAUCCCAUCAGACAGAGGGAGCUUUUUGAGCAGCAAGCCAAGGCCAAAGCUGAGGGUGACGAUGAAGCCAUGUUCAUCGAUGAAACCUUCUGUACAGCGCUGGAAUACGGACUGCCACCGACUGCUGGCUGGGGAAUGGGCAUCGAUCGUCUCACCAUGUUCCUCACCGACUCCAACAACAUCAAGGAGGUGCUUCUUUUCCCCGCCAUGAAGCCUGACGACAAUAAGACAGCAGCGCCCACAGAAGGCACCUCCGUCUGAUCACAUGACCUCUAUAUCCUGCUAUCAUAUCAAUGCAGGAGUCUUGGAAUAUGAGCCUUUACCUCAACGUGGUCAGUGUCGUCUGCUGGGUUUGAGUGUUAUUAAUGUUGGUGUGUCUGUUCAACUUUUUUUUCUGUUAUUAAGGGAAAUCAUCUGGUCUUGGUAACAUGGUUGACUGUUGAACAAUAAAAAUAAAACAAAUUAUUUUGUAUUUCUUACACUUUUGCUAUCAUAUUUACUUAGUUGACAGUAAGGAAACAUUUUAAUCCUCAUAGUCAGCCAGACAUUAAAUGUCACUAAAAUUUGAAUUGAUCAGGAUGUGUGACAAACUGACGGCUGCAGACCUGGAGGAAAAACUGUUCUUAAUUCUGGCAACUGAAAACAGUAUAUUUACCAUAUAAUUACAGAGGUCUAGUAUCUUUCUGAUUUUAAUCAUUCCUAAAAUGAUUCAUACAUUUUUAAUCAGGUAUCAUUGUCUGACAUUUUUCAACAUGGGCUCCACGAUGUGUUUCAUGAAGUAUACACAUGAAAAUGUCUCAAUAAAGUGCAUCUGAAUCUACUUAAUACAUUUCCUUUUGAUGUGUGUGAUGUUAUGACAGAACAAAACUCGAUUGGAAUUCAUUUAUAACUUUUUUUAAUACUGCAUUUGGUCUGUUUUGGUCAGAAAAUAGAAAAUUUGGUUUUAAACUUUUUGGGGGAGGACUUUCAGUUUAGUCAAACUAAAAAUAAACAAGAAGCUUGCAGCAUGUGCAGGAAAUGCCUUCUGGAAAACCUAUAAGGCUCUGAUCCUAGCCACAUAAUGCGAAACAUUUCCUGUUUGAAACAAUUUUGUAGAAACUGGGUGAGAAUUUAGGAUUUCUCAGCAGUAUGACCUGAGUUUGUAGUGCACUACACUGACCUUAUAUGUAGUUAAGAUGGCCUUAGUGAUGUGUGGGGAUACGAAGCUUCCUCACAACCCCUUCUACACUGGAGUAGUUCUCUUCAGCAUCAAAUGAUUGUCCUCUUAGUCAUUAGAGUCACAGGCAUGUAGAGGUGUCAGAAAUACUGCUAAUGAUCUCUUUACUCCCUGAAAUUAUUCAACUUCUUCCUCUUCAGGGUCUUGAACUUUGUAUAUAUUUUUUAAAGUGGAUACUAUGAAGGGUUGCUGUAAGUAUGUCUAGGAUUUGUACUCAAUAGUGACGCAAUAAAUCAAUAAGACGUGGCCCCCUCUAACCAUGUGAACAGCUGUACAUGCAUCAAAUAAUGUCUGUGAUGUCUAUUAAAUACAAAAUAACUAUU